AUGGCUUCUCCUAAAGAACAAGUCAAGCCUUUAGCCCUAGCCAACUCACACUAUCUCCGCAGUGAUGAAGAGGAAGUCGCCUCCUUGCACAUAAAGCUCAAGCAAAGAAAAUACGUGCACUGUUGCGGCUGUGUCUCUGCCGUUUUCUUAAUCAUAGCUGUAACAGCCAUAGUCCUCGGAUUCACCGUGUUUCAUGUAAAGGAUCCGAAGAUCAAGAUGAACAAGGUCACAGUCCAACGGCUGGAGUUUGCCAAUGGAAACCUACGUACGGAUACUAAUAUAACACUCCUAGCGGAUGUCUCCGUCAAAAAUCCUAACGUGGCAUCUUUCAAGUAUAGCAAUGCCACCACUUUGGUUUACUACAGCGGGACAGAGGUCGGCGAAGGGAGGACUCCAGCGGGAGUGGCAAAGGCGAGGCGGACAUCGAGGAUGAAUGUUACGGUGGAUAUUGUUCCCGGGAAGAUCUUGGGCGUACCGGGGCUCAUGAGGGAGGUAGCUUCAGGGGAACUGACCAUGACGACUUAUACGAGAAUUCAGGGUAAGGUGAAAGUCGUUAUGGUCAAGAAAAAUGUAGUGGUUGAAUUGAAUUGUACCGUGAGGUACAAUUUUUCAAGCGGGGAGAUUCAAGGAAAAGAUUGCAAACGGAGGGUUCGUCUGUAA